AAGCACUGAUUGGCUACAUAGUUCAAUGUCCAUAUUUUAUGGACUAGAGACGCUCCAAGAUAAAGUGGCCGCUCUCAGAGUUGUCUAGAGUCUUUGGUUAAACUGGAUAAGACCCAUCUCUGGACCGUCUAGGCGACUUUUGGUUCUUCGCGUUGUAUUUGCUUCGCCACUUUCGGUUUUAUAUGUGUUCUGUGCUUUUGGUAGUACCUGUACUAGCAUUAGAACGACAUAGAGAAGAAGAAAAAGAAUCUUCACGCAAUUUGCGUGUGUGUCAAAGUGAAAAUUUUCUGAACCACAGAAAAAGUGCUAAACAAACAAAACUGAAACAAAAAUAAUACCAAUUAUACGUCAAUCCUACAAAUAAUACAAAAGAAUGUUCUUUCUAUAUUUUCUACAGUAUAUAAAUAUACUCAAUAUCUAAUAAAAACUUUUAAUGCAUAUAUAAAGGAAAAAUCUAUUGAACGACUUAUAAUGUUAAACAAAAUUCUUUAACAUUGUUUAUCGAUCAUUCUAUCAAACGUAUACUACUUAAUCCAUUGUUUUUGCAUAAAGAUCUGAAUUUUAAGAUCAUGUCAACGUUGGAAGAUAAAAUUUUGGAUGAAAAGUUGCAUUAUUACUGUAGCAGUUCCAGUGAGGAUGAAGAAAAUGACUCUGGAGAUUCUGAUGAAUGUAAUGAUGUAAAAUACACAGAUGACACUGCACAAUAUAUCGCGCCUUCAUAUUCAGAAUGGGAUGGAACUUCUAGUAAUACAGGACCUAAAGGUGUUAUAAAGGAUUGGCAACGAUAUAAGCAAUUGGAAGCAGAGAAGCGAGAAUCACAAGAGAAAGAAAGACUGCAACUGAUUAAUAAACUGAGUUUAACUUGCCGCAGUGCUUUGGACGAAGAAAAGGAAAAACUGAACGAGACAGAUCCAGAGUUGGCAAAUUUAUUAAAUGAUGAAUUUCUUCUAGAAUAUCAGAGACAAAGAAUGAAAGAAAUGCUUGCUAAAACAGAGAAAUUUUGUUUUGGCAAAGUUAUCGAUUUGGACAAUACAGAUCAAUUUCUACAAGCCAUUGAUGGAGAAGAUAAAUCUGUGAUCGUUAUCGUUCACAUUUAUGAAGACAAUGUAUCUGGUUGUGAAGCUAUGAAUGGAUGCUUGAUAUCUCUCGCAGAAGAAUAUUCUUAUGUAAAAUUUUGUAGAAUUCUAGGUUCAGUUGCAGGUCUUAGUAAACAAUUUAAGGAAUUUGGUGUACCGACAUUGCUGGUAUAUAAAAACGGACAAGUAAUAGGGAACUUUGUCCAUGUCACGGAUCAUCUAGGAACAGAUUUUUACUCAUCAGACGUGGAAGCAUUUCUCAUAGAGCAUGGGAUUCUCGUCGACAAAAAUUGCAUACCACUUAUCGUUUUGAAAAAUGAAAUCGAAGUUUCCGAUAGUGAAUAAAAAAAUCAUCGUUCUUUUUAAGCUACUCUACUAAUAUACUUUUAUUAAUUCAAAGAAAUGCUAAAAUUAAAAUUAUCACAUCGAUUUGUAGAAUAUUUAUCAAAAGAUAAUCGAAUGCAAGUUAUAAAACAUUUACUUUUAAAUCAGA